UGAUCUUAGCUCCGUUUGGACCAGAAAUAUCAGAUGUGAGCAGGUGGAAGCAGUUUGUUGUGCCGUUUAACACGCUGAGGCGAGCUGCUGAUGAGCCUGAUUCUGUGAGUGUUUGUCCACCUCUAACCACACGGAGGUUACAGACGAGUGUUUGACGGAUGUGGGGAGGUGUUGUAAGAGGAAGCCCGGCUCAGAGUCGCUCUGCUGCUGAGAAGCUGUAGAAGAAUGAAGACGGCCGGACCGCUGAAGGAAACCCGCAGCAGCUUCAGCCUGAUGGAUUACUGCUGACCAGUUAACAGAACAAACACCAGGCAGGCUGUUCUUCUGCUGCUCUGAGGUCAGUUAUAUCUGUUCCAGGUAUGACAGUGAGCUCCAGUCUGCUGGUGGUCGUCCUGACUGUGGCCUCAGUGGCGUUUCUGAGUCUGCUGUCGCUGAUGUGUCUGCGAUGCAAAAGGAAAUCCAAGAUCAAAGAGGUGGAGCGUCAGAUAUACGACCCACAGACAUUCCAACGUGGGGGAAGUAAAUUUGCAGUGAUGCAAUCAAAAACAGUCACCAGAGUCAAUCAGAUGACUUCAACCACAGCUGAAAGUCCAGAUGAAUUUGCAACUCCAGGAGAUCAAACAGUCAGUUCGAGUCUGGAACACACUUAUGUAGCACCGAUCGCUGUAUCCGUGUACGCCAAUGAGCUGAUCGAAGACGUGACGGCCGAUAAUAACCAGACUCCACCAGACUAUGAGAACGUUUUCUCAUCGUUGCCGAUAGCAGAAGACGAGGACGACUACGAAAACUCUCAAUACCUGAACCAAGUUAAGGAGCAGCUGGAGGACAGUGAGCCGGAUUACGUGAACGAAACAGAGUACCACUGAACACAUCAUCAGUGGGUGGAUUUAUUCAGCCGGCACCGCUCAGUUCUUUCUGCAAAACUGAAGUAAAAAGCCGUUUUUGUAAACCUGUGAUGAGCAGAUUAUGUGGACAGCUGUGUGUAUAAAUGAACCUCCAUCGUGUUUCAGCUGUAAAAACUCAAGCUGCCAUCUAGUGGUGAAACGACGCCACUUUAAAACGCUGUGUACAAAAGAUUGUCUGCGCAAGUUUUUCUCUCUGAAUACUUUAAAUGUUGAAGGAUUCUUUGUGACUUUGAGUAUUAAAGAGGAUGUUGACUAAA